AGUGCAACGGACUGAAAACGGUAAAUACCUGACGCGCGGCAAGACGGACACGCUUGGAUGGGAUCAUGGGACGGACAGGGCCGUGCGGUGCGAUUCCCUCUCAGAAACGUCCACCGAGGAGGCGAGAAAGGAUUCCACGAAGCAACACCCAACGGCCAAAGUGAACUGAGUGUAACAUCAAAAAAAGAAGAAGAGAAAAACGGAGAAGCUUCGGUUCUGGGAGCGCAGACGCCAUGGCGUUGCUCCGAGUGCUCACGCCGCCGCUGUUCCUCUCCUUCUUCUUCGUGGCCGCCUUAACAACGCCGAGAGGCGCCUCUGCGCUCACCCGGCGUGACUUCCCGGAGGGCUUCGUCUUCGGCGCAGGCUCCUCGGCUUACCAGGUCGAGGGGGCAGCUUCGGAGGACAGGAGGAAGCCCAGCAUCUGGGACACUUGGAGCCACCAAGGUUACUCGUUCGAUGGAUCCACAGCAGAUGUUUCUGCAGACCAGUACCAUCAUUAUAAGGAAGAUGUAAAGCUUAUGCACAAUAUGGGUUUAGACGCGUACAGAUUCUCCAUUGCUUGGCCCAGGCUUAUUCCUGAUGGAAGAGGACAGAUCAACCCAAAGGGAUUGGAAUACUACAACAGUUUGAUAGAUGAGCUCAUACUAAACGGAAUACAGCCUCAUGUCACCAUCUACCAUUUUGAUCUUCCUCAGGUUCUGCAGGAUGAAUAUGGUGGACUACUUAGCCCCAAAUUUAUAGAAGACUACACCUCUUAUGCCGAGGUCUGCUUCAAGAGUUUCGGUGACAGGGUGAAGCACUGGGUCACUGUCAACGAGCCAAACAUAGAGCCCAUUGGCGGGUAUGAUACAGGCUUUCAACCACCGCGACGCUGCUCCUAUCCCUUCGGUGUAGACUGUGCUGGGGGGAAUUCUUCGACGGAGCCAUACAUAGCAGCUCACCAUCUCCUGCUUGCACAUGCUUCAGCAGUCUCCCUGUACAGAGAGAAGUACAAGGAAACUCAAGGAGGCCAAAUAGGUAUUACUCUGCUGGGUUGGUGGCAUGAGCCUGCCACUAACACACCACAGGACGCAGCUGCUGCUAGGAGGAUGACUGAGUUCCAUAUUGGAUGGUUCAUGCAUCCUUUGGUGUAUGGAGACUACCCUCCGGUGAUGAGAAGCAGAGUAGGCGCUCGACUACCGGUUUUAACAGCGCCAGUCUCCAAGAAGGUUCGCAGAUCUUUCGACUUUAUAGGCUUCAACCACUAUAUUAUUAUGCGCAUACGAUCCAUCGACACCAAUUCCAGUCAGCAACCAAGGGACUACUACGUCGAUGCUGCGGUCCAAAAUCCAGCUGAUAACAUAUCCAAGGUUCAGGUUGAAACUGCUCCAUGGUCUCUGAGCAAACUACUGGAGCACCUGAAGCUCAACUACGGCAAUCCUCCUGUCUGGAUCCAUGAAAAUGGGUACGGAUCAGCUGCGCCUGGCGCCCUGAGCAAGACCGAGUACGACUACGACGACGCCAACAGGACGGAGUUCUUGCAGGAUUACCUGGAAGUUCUUCAGCUCUCCACACGGAACGGGUCGAACGCCCGGGGAUACUUCGUGUGGUCGUUCCUGGACGUGUUUGAAUUCCUGUUCGGCUACCAGCUACGCUUCGGGCUUUGCGGCGUCGACAUGAGCGAUCCGGGGAGGACGAGGUAUGUGAGGAACUCGGCCCGCUGGUACUCCGGCUUCCUCCACGGCGGCGAGCUCCGGCCGGUGGCUCAGUCAGAGAAACCCUACUCCGAGAAAUGAGCAACGGGAAAAAAAAAAGACUGUCGCUCGUGAGUUGUGCACGUGUUUGUGUGUUUUUUCUUUUUCGGACUGCUCUGCACAAGUUUCCAAGUAUACUUCCUAUCGACAACUACGAAAACAAUACUUGUCGCGAACUAUAUGUCAUGUUCACAAGUACUACCUCCUUUCCUUUUUCUGAAAUGUUUUAGCUUUGUACCGAAUAAAAAGUUUGAACAGGUUUAUCAACAAA